AUGGUAAAUACCCAUGAAGUAAUGUUUGGAUAUAGACUCCAUGGAAUAUACGAACAGUUCAAUCUUGAUAUUUCUGUUGUAGAAGUGGAAAAAUGCAAACAAUGCCUCAGGCCAAAAUACAUGCUUAAGCAUGCAAGUAUCCAUCGUCGCAAUAACCUUUAUGAGUCUGGUCAACCGGUUGCCUAG